AUGUCAUUGACGGAUCUGACUGAAAAGAAGCAGAGUUUCCGGCGAAACGUGGUUUCCCUUGCCGCGGAGCUCAAGGAUGUCCGCAGCCGCCUUGCUUCUCAGGAACAGUCAUAUGUUCGUGAAACUCUAACUCGUCAGGAAGCUGAGAGUAAAGCGAAGAAAAUGGAAGAGGAAAUAAAUAGGUUGCAGAAGAGCUUAGACGAAAAGAGUGGGCAGCUCCAAGCUUCAGCCUCCUCUACUGAGCAGUGUCUUAAGGAGUUGGAUGAUCUUCGGUCACAGCUUUCAGCAAGUAAAGCUGUUGCAGAUGCAAGUGCAGCUUCUGCGCAGAUGCAGUGUUUGGUGCUUUUAAAAGAACUGGAUGAAAAGAAUCUUUCUCUGAAGGAGCAUGAACUUCGUGUCAAUAAGCUAGCGGAACAGCUAGAUCUUCUACAGAAAGAUCUUCUAAUGCGGGAAUCUUCGCAAAAUCAGCUGAAAGAUGAAGUUAUGAGGAUUGAGCAUGAUAUUAUGCAAGCAUUAGCCAAAUCUGGAUCAAAUACAGACUGUGAGCUGAGGAAGAUAUUGGAUGAGGUUUCUCCAAGAAAUUUUGAGAAGAUGAACAAGCUUUUAAACACAAAAGAUGAAGAAAUAGCAAAGCUGAGGGAUGAAAUAAGGAUCAUGUCUGCUCACUGGAAGCUUAAAACCGAGGAAUUGGAAUCCCAGUUGGAAAAGCAUCGGAGAACUGAUCAGGAAUUGAAGAAAAGGGUUUUAAAACUGGAGUUUUGCCUCCAAGAAGCUCGUGCUCAGACUCGCAAGCUCCAGAGGAUGGGAGAGAGAAGGGACAAAGCACUGAAAGAACUCAGAGAUCAGUUGGCAACUAAGCAACUGAUUGCACCCGAGGCUGUUGAUAAACAGAACUUUUGGGAAACCUCAGGUUUCAAGGUUGUGGUUUCAAUGUCAAUGCUUGUACUGGUGUUAUUCUCGAAGCGGUGA